AUGACCGCCAUCAUUGAAACACCUCUCUGGUUGGUCGAGCCCAGCGAACGACGACUGCGCGAGAUCUCACAUGUAGCGUCGCUACGGGCUCCUCCUUCUGCAACAUACGCUUCCUCGAUUCUUCAAGAUGCAUCGGCCUUGAGACGGCUCGCGUUGGAAUUCAUUCGCCGCGCCAACGCAUACACUUCCCUCAUAUUGCGACUACCUCCGGAGUUGAUCUUCGAGAUCUUUACGCACGUCGUCCGUCUUGAACCCACGAGUCCCAAGGAGUUGGGGUGGAUACGACUCGGCCAUGUCAGCUAUGCUUUCCGCUCGGUGCUUCUCAGCAUGCCCGGCUUGUGGGCUUCCGCCAUAUGGGACGUCGCCGACCACGCCCGACACGAGGUACUCUCCCGCGCGCGAGACAUGCCGCUCUCGAUACAACUCAAAACGGGUCGUAAACUGGAUGUCUCGUCGAAUAAAAUCAAGUUCGCGAUGGAUAAUAUAGACCGAGCCCGGCGCAUCAAGAUAGAAGAGCGUCAAGGCACUAAGAUACUGUGGUCGUUCGAGCCGCGAGACCUGUCGGGCAGGGUGUUCCCUCAUCUCGAAGAGAUCGAUGUCAUGUUGCUACAUCAUGACACGAGCUUGAGAGAUCCCGACUGGCUGGGUCCUGACGUUUAUGGCCUUGAACCAGUGCAGGCACCGCGCUUACGAUCCGUCUUUCUGGUCAACGUCUUUAUCCCCAUCUCCCCAAACAAUCUGACGACUCUCGCCCUCAUACGAACAAAAUACUAUGGAAACGGAACGAUAGCCGCCUCAAGUGACCUUCUUCCUUCGCCAGAAGAGUUCCUCCACAUGCUGGCACAAUGUGGGAACGUGGAGUACCUUACGCUGCAGAACGUAACUCCAGCCAUCGCACCAUUACACACUUCACUUCGAUCGAUCGACGCUAUAAAACUGUCAUCGCUCAAGGAGCUCACUUUGUGCUCGCCGAUGUCCGAGAUAAUAGCAUUUUGGACAUAUCUUGCCCCGCUACCGCACGAAGUGGAACUCUGUCUCAAACCUGACUAUACGGAGGCCGCCAUCGCAACCGGAGGAUUCGUCGAUUCAAGACGGCUGUCAUUAAUCUCGCUUUUCCUGGAACACCUGGCGUGUCACGACCCGUCCCGAGUGACCGCAUUGGCGUUUGAAGCAGACAAAGAGUCCUUCAUCACGCAAUGCGGGUUCUUCAAACGCGCGGCCGACGCCUCUCAGGACUCUUGGGCAGGUCUUUCUGUGUAUAAUGCUAACUGUGAGGUCGGAGAUGACUACAAAACUUUCUUGGAUAUCUGGCUCCACCAAUGCGUCUGGGCUGAGCAUUCAACAUUGGCUCGGUUCAUUGAUUAUAUUCCCGAGCCAUUUUUCGCCCAAAUCGACACACUUGAUGUAUUGGACGUCAACGUCGAAGACUUGCAGCGGUUGUUCGCCCGCUUGCCCAACAUUCAUACCCUCCAUUUCCGUUCACCAGAAAGCUCGCCUCUGGCAUCUCUCGUAUACAAGACGGAAUCAUCCGGACCCUCGACGGCCCUCGAGAGACGGGCAUACCUACCGAAGUUAACACAUCUUCGCCUUCACGACAUGGACUUCGGUGAUAUUCAGGCGCAAUUCCACGGGAAUAUAUUGCACUACGACGAAGUAGAGAAUGUCUUGUCCUCACGCUUUGCCGCUGGCGUACCUCUCCAGUCCUUUCACGUCAUUCAAUCACGCAUCUAUGCCGACCAGGCCGUCGUCGACGCCCUCAUCGCACGCAUGCAGGAGAUGGUUGUUGGAGAUGUGACUGCUGAUAUGGAGGUGCUUUAA